AAACAAGGCAGACACCAGAGCCGGGCUACCCCGCCAACUGGCUCGGCCUGACUGCAUAUCAACGUGUGGGAGGGGGAACCGAUAUGAAAGCCUUACCCCAGGCCUUUCCAAGGAGGGAUGGGUGAGACCGUGAGCCUUGAGGAUGAACAAGGAGGGCCGUUUUUCGCGCUCAAUCCGUCAUCCACCUUCCGUCCCCUUAGCCUGCCUAAGGUACGUACUCAGCAUCUCCCGAGCCUCGCCGACAUAUUUAGGCCGGACAAACAGGAUGUCACCCCUGGAUGCGGAGCCAAGCAGCAUCGUCAACAAGUACUUCCACGACAGGAAAGAAGAGAUGGAGGAGAUGCACGACGCGUUUGUUGUGAAGCCGCCACACCCAAGGGCUUCGUCGCGAGCGAGCCUUCAACAGCCGGGGGACAGGAGACAAGAUUUCAUGACGGCCUUGAACAAGUAUAGUCGCGACCUAGAUCAAUUGAGCCGCGAGCCCGAGAUCAAUUUCGACGUCAGGAACUGCGAGUGGUCUGACGUGCUUAAGAAGCUGCAGGACGCCGAUGACGCCGUCGCCAAGCGAAUGGAACGCGAUAAGACGUUGUGGGUAAAGGGGAGAAUGGUCUUGACCAACAUGUCAAACUUGUUUGAGCCCGUCCUGCAAGCGAUCCCGGACGAGUUGAGCUUCCUCCACGGCGGGCUGGCUCUCGUCCUGCACGUAAGAGACUGCCCAAUGAGCCCCGCGUCGUCUUGGCCGGAUCGAUCUUCAUCUGACGGAGAAUCUGCGCAGCUAGCCAAAGGUCGGGAGAAAAUCAGAGGAGACAUUGUCAACGCCUUUGAAGACGUAACCUAUACCAUCGCCAUCGCUGGAAACGCCUCGGAGAUUGGGCCGGCCGAUGCCAGGCUCUGCGACGCCCUAGACCAGCUGCGCAUCACCCUGUUCGAUGCAAUCCCCCAUCUCAUCAAAAUUCUCGUCCCGGAGAAGUUGGCCAAGCUCGCCGCCCCGCUCCGGUCCUCGCAAGCAGGGCGGCUGCUAGACUCCAUCCGGAACGACACGAGGCGAGUGGACAUGCGUGCGAGGGCGCUCAGCGACCAGUUCACGAACGAGGCGGCCAAGAUCACAAAGGAGCACGUCGAGGAUAUCCACCAGGGCGUCAUCGGCCUCCACGAGCAGUUCCAGGGCAUGGACGCGCUGCAGCAAAACAUUGUCGACAUGGUCUACUACGCGCUCGCCAGCCAGGACGGCAUGGCCAAGAUGCUGUCGGACGCGGUGGAAAGUGAGUACCUAACAAUUCGGCACACAUGACGUCUCUCUAUACGCUAACGGUAGUUGGGGUAGUGUUCAACUACUAUAAGCGAAGCGAGGAGGAGG